CUCAUGUACGGAGUAACUGUUGAUGCCGCUGGUUAUAUAAGCUGGUGAUCAUGUUCGUCCGCAGCACACACUAGUAUAAUAGCAGCACGCAGUAUAACAAUCAAGACCCAGCCAAGCACCAGGACAACAAGCCUGGCCCGCGGCUGCGGCCCCCUACUAAGCUGCUCUCACAUGGAUCCACCGAGAGAGACUACCAUGAGAUCAGACAUCCAUACCCGCAAAAACGGAGGGCACACCCGAGGCCCCGUAGGACAACAACAGACACUACUUAUAACCGGUGGCACUGGGAAGGUCGGUUUGUGCAUCGCCGAACUAUGCCAGGCAUCGUCCACGUCCUAUCUCGUCGCGUCGCGGUCAGCGUCCUCGGCCACCGCCGCCACCGUCCACCCGAUGGUGAAGUUUGACUGGCUCGACCGCAUGACAUGGUCGAACCCCUUCAUAACGGCGACCAAGACCUCGCCCAUAGCGGCGGUAUACCUCAUCUCACCGCCGGUGCCUGAUGCAAGCUCCAUCAUGAACGACUUUAUCGACCUGGCCAGGAAGGAGCACGGCGUGAAGCGGUUUGUGCUACAGAGUGCCACUUCGGUUGAGGCGGGCGGGCCGUUCUUCGGCGGGACCGCAAAGUACCUGCAGGAGCUCGGCGCUCGUGGCGACAUUGGGUUUGGGAUCAUACGCCCCACCUGGCUCAUGGACAACUGGACAGAGCGCGGCGGUCUGUUAGAGGCGGUCCGGGCCGAAGGCAAGGUCUACUCCGCAUCAGGAGACGGCAGGAUACCCUGGGUCUCCAAGGUAGACGUCGCCGCGUGUGCAUUCUCUGCGCUGACGGCCACGGCGCCACCAAACAGGGACUGUGUUGUUUUGGGGCCCGAGCUGCUCUCUUAUGAACAGUGUGCGGACGUCCUCGGCGACGUCAUCGACAAGAAAAUCGUUCACGUCAACCUCACCGUGGACGAGCUGGUUGAACGCCAUGUUAGAAAUUCCGGGCUAAGUGAAGAGUACGCCCGAGUCCUGGCAUCCAUGGACAUCUCGAUAAGAAAUGGAUCGGAGGAGAGGCUCAAUGACGUGGUAUUAAGGGAAACUGGGAGGGGACCGAAGACAUUCAGGGAGUUUGCGGUGGAAAAUAAGUCGGCAUGGUUAUAA